UUCUCUGCACUGUCAAGAUCAUAUGUGAUGCAGCCCACAUUAUCACUAAUGUGGAGGCCAAGUGGCCUGGGUCGGUACAUGACUUACGGAUGUAUCGUGAGUCUAAUAUCAGCAACAUACUGGAACAUGGAGCAUUUGAUGGCUGUCUGCUGGGUGACAGGGGUUACCCAUGUCAGGUAACUCUGAUGACCCCUUACCCUGACCCUGACCCAGGCCCUCAACAGAACUUCAACCUGGCCCAUUGCAGAAUGAGAGCCAGGGUGGAGAUGACCAUAGGCCUGCUGAAAGCCCGUUUCCAGUGCCUAUGUCACCUCAGGGUAACACCUGAGAGGGCCUGUGACAUUAUUGUGGCAUGUGUUAUUCUCCAUAAUAUUGCCACAAUUAGAGGAGAGCAACACCCUGACCUACAAAUGGAAGAGCAUGAUGAUGACCCCAUCCACCCUGCAGACAUCCAGGAUGGAAGAGCAGUCAGAGACAUCAUAUGCCACAAUCACUUCACUGUUUAAAAUCACAAUCACCACCAC